AUGCUUUAAAGACUGGUUUUUCUCCCAGCUGUUUAAUUUAAAGGGCCUUUGUCUGAUCACCUGGAGCCAGCUGAGAUAUCCUCAGUUCAAACCUCAUUCUCAGCCAGGAACGCACAAGGUUUUGUAGUCUUUUCCCCGAGCAUGAAUUCAGAAUGAAGCGGCGAUUUGAUGAACAGGAGUCACCCGUGUAUGCCUCGCAGCAGAGACGCAUCACGAGCAGCACCGAACCUUUCCAACACCAGCAUCGGGUGCUGGCCCCGGCACCCCCCGUAUAUGAGUCGGUUUCGGAGACCAUGCAGUCUGCUACUGGGAUCCAGUACUCUGUGACUCCUAGCUACCAGGUGUCAACUGUGCCACAGAGCUCCAGCAGUCAUGGGCCUACUCUGGCCCCUGUCCAUAGUGGACAUCACCACCCCACCCCGGUCCAGCCUCAUGGAAGCCAGGUGGUACAGAGUCAUGCUCACCCAGCACCCCCGGCAGCACCAGUACAGGGGCAGCAGCAGUUCCAGAGGCUUAAGGUAGAAGAUGCCCUCUCCUACCUUGACCAAGUGAAGCUACAGUUUGGCAGCCAGCCUCAAGUCUACAAUGACUUCUUGGACAUAAUGAAGGAGUUUAAAUCUCAAAGCAUUGACACUCCCGGAGUGAUCAGCCGCGUGUCCCAGCUGUUCAAAGGCCACCCUGAUUUAAUAAUGGGCUUCAACACCUUCUUGCCCCCGGGCUACAAAAUAGAAGUGCAGACGAAUGACAUGGUGAAUGUAACAACGCCGGGACAGGUUCACCAGAUCCCAGCUCAUGGCCUCCAGCCUCAGCCGCAGCCGCAGCCACAGCAUCCAUCACAGCCCUCAGCACAGUCUGCCCCAACGCCGGCACAGCCGGCACCACAGCCACCGCCUGCCAAGAUCAGUAAGCCUUCCCAGUUACAGACGCAUACACCAGCCAGCCAGCAGACUCCCCCAAUCCCCUAUGCAUCCCCUCGCUCACCACCAGUGCAACCCCACACGCCUGUGACAAUCUCGCUUGGAACCACACCCUCUCUUCAGAAUAAUCAGCCUGUUGAGUUCAAUCAUGCCAUCAACUAUGUCAACAAAAUCAAGAAUCGUUUCCAGGGACAGCCUGACAUUUACAAGGCUUUCUUGGAGAUUCUCCAUACCUACCAGAAAGAGCAGCGAAAUGCCAAGGAAGCAGGAGGGAACUACACACCAGCCUUGACUGAGCAGGAGGUCUAUGCCCAGGUGGCCCGUCUCUUUAAGAACCAGGAAGACCUGCUCUCAGAAUUUGGCCAGUUCCUGCCAGAUGCAAAUAGCUCUGUGCUAUUAAGCAAGACAACGGCAGAGAAGGUGGAGUCUGUGAGGAAUGACCAUGGGGGAACGGUCAAGAAGCCACAGCUAAACAGCAAACAGCAAAGACCGAAUCAGAAUGGCUGUCAGAUCCGGCGGCACGCCGCACCUGGAACAACCCCUCCAGUGAAGAAGAAACCGAAGCUCCUCAGUUUGAAAGACUCAACAAUGGUGGAAGCUGGGAAACAUGGAACAGAAUCUCUGUUCUUUGACAAGGUCCGCAAAGCUUUACGCAGCACAGAAGCAUAUGAGAAUUUCCUCCGUUGCCUGGUCAUUUUUAAUCAGGAGGUGAUCUCUCGAACUGAGCUUGUUCAGCUGGUGUCUCCAUUUUUGGGUAAAUUCCCAGAGCUGUUCACUUGGUUCAAAAACUUUCUGGGUUAUAAAGAAUCUACACACAUGGAGUCGUUCCCGAAGGAACGAGCCACCGAGGGGAUCGCGAUGGAGAUCGACUACGCCUCUUGUAAGAGGCUGGGCUCCAGCUACCGAGCCUUGCCAAAGAGUUACCAGCAGCCCAAGUGCACAGGUCGGACUCCGUUAUGUAAGGAGGUUUUGAACGACACCUGGGUCUCCUUUCCGUCCUGGUCCGAAGACUCCACGUUCGUGAGCUCUAAGAAGACUCAGUAUGAAGAGCACAUCUACCGGUGUGAGGAUGAACGAUUUGAGCUGGACGUUGUGUUGGAGACCAAUCUAGCAACCAUCAGAGUCCUAGAAACAAUACAAAAGAAACUCUCCCGCUUGUCGGCUGAGGAGCAAGCCAAGUUCCGCCUGGACAAUACUUUGGGGGGGUCCUCAGAAGUCAUCCACCGCAAGGCUUUGCAGAGGAUAUACGCUGACAAGGCAGCUGACAUCAUUGACGGGCUCCGGAAGAACCCAGCGGUUGCUGUCCCCAUUGUUUUGAAAAGGUUAAAAAUGAAAGAAGAGGAGUGGAGAGAAGCCCAGAGAGGAUUCAACAAAGUGUGGCGGGAACAGAAUGAGAAAUACUACUUGAAGUCCCUUGACCACCAGGGGAUCAAUUUCAAGCAGAACGACACCAAGGUCUUAAGAUCAAAAAGCCUUCUCAGUGAGAUUGAAACGAUUUAUGACGAGAGGCAGGAACAGACCUCUGAAGAUAACACUGGUCCUCACUUAUCGCUGGCCUAUGAGGAUAAGCAGAUCCUUGAAGAUGCUGCUUCUCUCAUCAUCCACCACGUCAAGCGGCAGACCAGCAUCCAGAAAGAGGACAAGUACAAAAUCAAGCAGAUCAUGUAUCACUUCAUCCCGGACCUGCUUUUUGCCCAGCGGGGCGAGCUGUCCGAUGUGGAAGAGGAGGAAGAGGAAGAGAUGGAUGUGGAGGAAGGCUCCGGGGCGGUGAAAAAACACAAUGGCAUCGGGGGCAGCCCCCCCAAGGCCAAGCUGCUGUUCAGCAAUACGGCGGCCCAGAAGCUGCGCAAUAUGGAUGAGGUCUACAACCUGUUCUACGUCAAUAACAACUGGUACAUCUUCCUCCGCCUCCACCAGAUCCUGUGCUUGCGGCUGCUGCGAAUAUACGCCCAGGCAGAACGGCAGAUCGAGGAGGAGAACCGAGAAAGGGAAUGGGAGCGGGAGGUCCUGGGUGUGAAGCGAGAGAAGAGCGACAGCCCCGCCAUCCAGCUGCGGUUGAAGGAGCCCAUGGACGUCGACGUAGAAGAUUAUUAUCCUGCUUUCCUAGACAUGGUGCGGAACUUACUGGAUGGCAACAUGGACUCUUCCCAGUACGAAGAUUCCCUUCGUGAGAUGUUUACCAUUCAUGCCUACAUCGCUUUUACCAUGGACAAGCUGAUCCAGAGCAUUGUUAGACAGCUUCAGCACAUUGUCAGCGAUGAAAUCUGCGUGCAAGUGACAGAACUUUACUUGUCUGAGAGCAACAAUGGGGCCACAGGUGGCCUGCUCUCCUCGCAGUCAUCCCGCUCCCUUGUGGAAACAGCCUACCAGCGCAAGGCUGAGCAGCUGAUGCAGGACGAGAACUGCUUUAAGUUGAUGUUCGUUCAGAGCCGUGGCCACGUUCAGUUAACCAUUGAGCUGCUUGACACAGAAGAGGAGAAUUCAGACGACCCCGUUGAGGCCGAGCGUUGGACUGACUAUGUUGAUCGGUACGUCAACUCUGAUUCUACCUCUCCUGAACUGCGGGAACAGCUGGCCCAGAAGCCAGUGUUUCUGCCCAGGAACCUGCGGCGGAUCCGCAAGUGCCAGCGGGGCCGGGAGCAGCAAGAGAAAGACGGGAAGGAAGGGCUCAGUAAGAAACCCUUGGAGAACGUGGAGAGCUUAGACAAACUGGAGUGCAAAUUCAAGCUGAACUCCUAUAAGAUGGUGUAUGUGAUCAAAUCGGAGGACUACAUGUACAGAAGGACUGCCCUGCUACGGGCCCACCAGUCCCACGAGCGCGUGAGCAAGCGGCUACACCAGCGAUUCCAGGCUUGGGUGGACCGAUGGACCGCGGAGCACGUGACCCGCGAGAUGGCAGCGGAAACCAACAAGUGGCUGAUGGGCGAAGGCUUGGAAGGCCUCCUGCCUUGCACCACCACCUGUGCCGCGGAGGACCUGCACUUUGUGAGCAUCAACAAGUACCGGGUCAAAUACGGCACAGUCUUCAAGGCGCCCUAAAGGCCAGCGAGGGGAGAGGAAAACCCCAAGGGUGUUUGAUGGUUUGUGCGUCCCAGGGCGGUGCAUGUGCAUCAAGAAGAAGGAGGAAGCGCCUCUUCCUCCCCUCCUUGCUGUGUUUCUCUGUACCAGUCAAUGGCCACAUCUGGACUCCUUCAGAGCGGGUGCCUCCCAUAGUCCCAGCGGAGUCGCUGUUGAAAACGUCAGUCCCGCAGCAUUGAAGCUAGAACUGUCGCCCAGGGGCUGAAUUUGCCCUGCGUGCACCACGGCGUGCGAGGGGCACGUGGGGUGUGUGUGUGUCUUGAGCUCCUUUAGGGAAACCCACCUUGCCUGUACGCACCAGCAGCAUUCUCCAGUUCCAGCAGGCGUCAAAAGACAUUUUGGGUGCUUGGGAUAGCCUGGAUAAAAGAUUUGAGGCAUAAGGAGCUCCCCCACCCGAAAUACAGCCAGAUUAUUUUACGGAUCCCACCAACCCACCCACCCCAAAAAAGGCCGUCUCGCCUGCAAGAGCAAGACUGAUCCUGGUGUUUCCAAAAGUUUGCGUCAUCGCAGCCGACUACACGGUCCAGAGGUCAGAAAUAUCAGCGGAUAAAUCUGCCUCUCCUUCUGACCAGUUCCUUCCCUCUGACCGAGACUUCUGACUUGCAUAAACCAGUUAAGAUCCAGUCUGUCCUUUUUAGUGCCAGUGGAACUACUGUUUUAAUUUGAUUUUUUUUUGGGGGGGGGUUCUUUUUCUUUUCUUUUUUCUUUUCUUUUUUUUUGUACCUGCUUGUUUACUAGUCUGUCUUAGUGCCAUGCACCAGCUUUUGACACAAACACACACUCUCUCUCCAUAUGUAGAAACACUUAGCUAGACAAGCACCCUAAUACAGACAUACGUGCUUUCACACAACAGCAACAACCGAUUUUAAACUGGUUUCCCCCCUUUUUUGUAAAUAAAUGUACAUAUUUGUCAAUUUUUGAUUUUUUUUAUUAUUAUUAUUAUUAAAGAAAAUGUAUGCUUGAUGUGCUAGUAUACCUGUACUAGCUUCUUGUGUACCAUAGUACCCACCCCGUUGGCUUCAGGUUUUAGUACCGAGAGAGGAGAGAGCAGCAGCAGGUGACAUUUUAUUACACUUUCUACCAAAGGGAGUUCUCGUUGUAGUGCUUUGUGUGGAAACUUGUUUCUCCUUUUUGUAAACAAAAUAAUAAUAAUAAUAAUAACAAUAACAACAACAGCAAUCCAUCUUGGUUCUUACUAGAGGAAGACGCAUGCUUGCCCGUUCCCUCACCCGGUUCGGAGAAGGCGCAUCCCUACAAACCAUAAACGGGGGACUUUGGACUCCGCUGCGUUCUUGGCGUCGCCACAGAAGAGGAGAAUGUGUGUGUUUGCGCACGGGUGUGUGUGUGUGAGUGUGGAUUGAGACUGGGGUGGGUGGUUGGGAUGACUGCGAGAAUGCAGUGUGUACGUGUAACAUGAUUGUAUUUCAAGCAGCUUGUUUGAUAUAUGAAUCUAUAUUGUUAAUAUACAUUUUUCUUCCUUUUCUUUUUUCCCUUCCCUUUAUUUCUUUUUCUGUUUCGGUGGGUAGCCUUUUAUCCACCUAGUCUUCCAGCUCGGCGAAUCGGUGCUUUUGGGAAGUGCUGCUGAGCUUAUCUCUUUGGGGCUGACUGCGCAUUUCUGUAUGUUUCUUCUCGGUAUUGAAGAAAACGCGUACAUGCCAAACCAGUAUUUGAUAAGAGCUGCUUUUACCCUGUGUGCGCAAGUGUAUGAGUGUACACAGGUGGAAGCAGGGCCACAGAAGAGGGUGGACCCUUAAAACUUCUCUAGGAACAUGAGAGCAGGGAUGUGUGUGUGUGUGUAUAUAGACACACACACACACAUAUCCCUGCCCUCAUGUCCCUAGAGAAAUGUUAAGUAUAUAUACUGUAUAUAUAUAUAUUUUUAGAAAGCUUAGUGAUGGCAGACAUGUUAAUAGAAAUAUUGUGAUCUUUUGAAAGACGUUACUGUGUGGAUUUCUUACGUGGAUACAAACCUAGCAACCCGUUUCUCCAAUGCCAUGUAGUUCACCGAGGCCAAGAGGGCAACAGAAGGAAGCCUAGGAAUACGGCUUUCUGAUUUUUUUUAUCUUUGUUUUUUUUUCCCCUUCUUACUGCCUUAUUCAAAUCUGUGGAGGCAUGUAAUUCCCCCCCCCCUCGAGCAGCAUUUUGUCUGUGGUCCAAGACUUAAGACGCAAAGAGGAGAAACCAGAGAAGUGGAGCAAUCCUCUUUCUCCGCUCGCUCACGAGAACAGACCGAAAGCAGGAAGACGGACGGGCCUCCCUCCUAGAGAGCGGGAUGCCCAGGGACAGUUUGGCUCCAGCGAUGAUAGCAGCACGUAGGAGCCUAUCUGGGGAGUCCUUACCGUAUGCCAGCAAUAAGCUAACUCUUAGCUCACCCCACCACGUCUCCUCCUGUCUCCCUGCUCAAAGCGGAACGGAGCGGGGUGGUGGUGGUGGUGGCCAUGUUACAGUGUCCUGUCCCGUCCUGUCCAGUUUGUGUGCUUCCUCCUCAAUCUCUCAGCGUUCUCUCGGGCUUUUUUUUUUCUUCCACCAAUCUUUAAAGACCUCUUUCAGCUCUUCGCCCACAUCUGAUUGUAAAACGGGACGGGAGAGAGGUUUUGAAUUUGUUCUACUGCGUAGCAUGUCUGGGGCAAAAGAAGUGCCCGCAGAGGAAACUCGCCCGCCUGCCUCCGUUCCGGUGGCAGGGCUUCCUAACGGAGAGAGUUUCUCUUCCUUCCUUCACGCACCCACCCAUCCACCAGGCCCUCGAAUGCUGAUGUGCGACAUCAAGGCUGCAAGCUCUUAAAUCCUGGCCUGUACAAAUAGCAAAAGGUUUUCCUUCUUUUAAAUUGCUUUUCUAUUCUGUAAUGUGAUCCUCCUCUUUUCUUUUCGCCACCUAUGUGAUGAUUUCUAUACAGAUGUUGUAAACUUGACUGUAGUGCAGUAUUUCCAUUAAAAUAUCAGGGCUACUCAUGUAACA